UUAGUCUGUUUUUUAUUCUUGCCCAGCAUGGAGCUGCGUUGCGGUUGCCGGUUUGUCGCUUAAAGAGAGGAAAGAUUAACUGGGAGAGUCUCUCCAUCGGUCUUUUAUGUUUAUGGUUGUUCUUUUUGGUGUUGCCAUUGCCGCUGCCGUUGUCGUUGUCGUUGUCGCAAUCACAGCCGUUUUUAGACCCGCGCCAGCGUCGCUGUCAAUUUUGGGCUUCGAUUGUUGUUGGAUUGGCUUUGUGACUCGACGAGUGUGCGUGCAUGGCCCAAAGCGACGGCGAUCGCAUCGCUUCACAUAUUUGUUUACUUAAUUAUCGAGCUGCUCAGCCUGUGACGUCAGGUAAAGCAACACAUAACCCGAACUGAGCGCGGUUAACUUGGCCAUGGUUUCUCUGUGGAUCAUCCCACUGGCCCUUUGCGGGUUCUUUGCGGGCGCCCAAUCCCUGGAGAUCGCCAGUGUGGAGCACCCGUGCGCCUACGCGGACACGGUCAACAUCACGGACGGGCUCCGGAUGAAGGACGGCUCGUACUCGUUUGCCGGAGUGGUGGUUCCCCCGCACCUGAUGGCGGAGUACUCCUUCAAGGUGAUCGACGGCGUCGAGUACCGGGCGAAGAAGCACCUCCGCGGCUGUGUCUGCCUGCUGAAGCCCUGCAUCAGCUUCUGCUGUCCGACCGAUCUCGUAUUCGACGCCAAGAACUGGAACUGUUCGAUGCCCCACCAGGUGCGGCAGUCCACCCACGUGGAGCUGACCUACGGCAAUCGGUCGGUGGAGCAGGUGCGGAUCGUCGAUCGGUUCGUGGUGCGCACCGAGCUCGGGUGCCGGAACAAGUUCGUCGACAAGAAGCACGAGAACUUCUGGCAGUGGGACCUCUUCGAGAACGGAUCGCUCCAGAGGGACAAUCGCCUGUGGACCACGGACGAGUACUGUUUCAGCCCCCUGGAGCACAAGGCGGAGCAGUGGGAGCUCACUCCACUCAGCUGCGAACGCUUCCAAACUGGCUACCGGGUGUGGAUCUACGCCAUUUGCAGUAUUAUAGCCAUCAUCAUCAACAUCUUCAUACUUUCCCUCCUUGGUUCUGUGAGAGAUGCCAGGAAAAGCCACUACGGCCAGCUGAUCAUAUACUACCUGCUCUCCCUGAUCGUGGGCUACUCCCUGUUGGUGUAUUUGGCUUUGAAGAAUCCCUUAAAGUUAUCGCACACAGCUUGCAGGAACAUAGGGUUUCUGGCCUACUUCUGCAUAAUGCUCUCCUUUGUCUUUCUGGCCAUCUGCAGUUUUGACUUCCUGCUCAAGUUCAGGCGAAAGGCUGUUAGGAACUGGGUGCGACGGUUGUCCUACGCUUUGGCAGUCCUCGCGGUUAUUGGUCUCCGAUUUCUGGUGUCCUUUGCCCAGGACUCCAAGUUGCCCAAGCACUACAAGCCGGGAAUGGGCGAGGACUAUUGCUGGUUCGACGUUCGCACUUGGGGCAUUUUGAUCUACUACUACGGACCCAUCACACUACUGCUGCUUUUCAGCAUUGUUUGCUGCCUGAAGGCCUACUUUUCCAUCUACGAGCUGCCACCGGAUACUCAGUACAUAUUGGGUACCCAGCUAAGGAUCGUUAAGACCCAUUUCUACGCCUUCAGUGCCUACAUAGUGGGCGUGUUUGCUGUCUGGAUUCGCGAGAUUGUGGUUUAUAUUAUGGCCAGGGUGAGAGAGCACUUCUUCAUCAUCGACUUCUGGAGUGGAAUUUGCAUCCUGGGUUUGGCCAUAGCUGGUUUUAUUCUGCUGCUCGGAAAGAACCUGCACGUGAAAACCUGGUGGGCCAUCAAUGUGGAAUCAAGUCAAACGGAUCUUAGUGUCAUUAAUGCCCGCGUCUACAAGUUCGACGAGAAAGGCGAUCUGAAAUCAUCAGACUCUCCCUACAAGCCCACAGUGACGUCACUCUAAUGGUAACUCACAAGAUCACUCAUCUGUGAACUCUGGUAUUGACUAAGCUUAUGACUCAUUAAGUCUGUCGCUCACAUAUAAAUGUAUAUACAAUAAGUGCUUCAGUGGGAUAGACCUGUGAAAAUGGUUGACAAACACAACUGAUGUACACUAAUAUUAUAAGAAAACUAUAAACAGCCUCGAUUUCUUA